UCUUACACUCAAGCUCGUCUACAGUGCGAUAGCCCUUCUCCAUGUCGGAAUCUAAAGGCAGGAAAACCCCGCGACGACUGUUCUCUUUUGACUCUAUCAAGACGGCGCGCACCAACGCGUCCGACACUGCGAGCCUCCCGGACGACGAGAGCCCGUCAAGAUGGAAGCACAAGCAAGCUCCUUCAGCCAGCAUGUAUAGCCUGGAGGAGACUGCGGAAUCGCCCAAGGACUUGACAACACCUACGAACAGCUACUUCCUACCUAGAAGACCGCAGUCGCCCAAGCGCCCGCGCGCGGACUCCCCUCAUCGCGCUGGCUCGCCUCUGAGAGGGGAGCGGAAGCCGCCAACGCUGCCACAGGUCUCGCAGCUGCGGUCCUCGUCCCCCGACUCUGCGCAGUACCCGCGCUCACCGUCAUCCGCUCGAUGGGAUCACAUUCGACAGCACGUCCUGCCCACGCCGCGCUCGGCGUCGCCUACGCGCCCAAGUCGCCCUGCCUCUCCUCGCCGGCCAUCCUCUCCGCAUAUACGAAGACCAUCCUCACCUCUGCAGGCCAGCCGCUCGCAGCAGCCAGCUGCUAAGCCGUCGCGCCUCGCGCGUCUGGGCUUCCGGCAGGUCGUCGAGAGCGCGAAGGAGGCCGCGGUCGAUGACAGCCGCCGCUUCGCCGCCGAUAUACAUACGGCACUCGCCGCGUCGCUCGUACCGGAGAAGAGCGCGGGCGGAAGUAGGCUCGAGACGCACAGCGCGCCCGGCUCGACGCUCUACCUGCCCUUCAUGUCCACGACAUCACUCGCCUCGAGCGCACAGCAGCACAGCACCGAGCAGAGUAGCGACGCGGGUUUCGCGCGGCAGACCGUCAAGCCAAUUCUGCAGGCUCUGACGGCGCACGCGAUGCCGGGCACAGAUGGGUAUCCGCGCACUGUCGCGGUGCCGCUCGAAGGGCAGAUACUGUCGGCGCUUCUGAAGCCGUUCCUGAGCACAGAGCGCGGGCAGGACCAGGAGCAGUGGUUCGCGCUGGAAGCGUUCCUGCUGAUUACGGCGACGUGGCCGCCGCGGGACGAGGCGACGGCGGUGGAGCGGCUGUGCUGGUGCUGCAAGGCGGCGCUGCUGCCGUCCGCGUACCGCGACCGCGUCGUGGGCGCGCUCUGGCAGCUCGCGGGGCAGGGGCGCGGGCAGCAGGAGGACGUGGAUGCAAUGGGGUCCGCGCCACUGGGCUCGUAUGCGCUGGAGACGCCGCACGCGGUGCAGACGUUUGUGCAGGCGCUGUUUGGGGUGCUGCCGAAUCUGCACGCGGCGCAGUCGGGGAAGGUGAUUGAUACGGAGGAGAGUCGGCUGGCGAAGGAUAUUAUCAAGGACGUGUUGGCGGGGGCGUGCGGGGAGGUCGACACGAAUGCGGUGGAGGAGGCGUAUGGGGCGCUGUAUGUGAAGCAGGACAGUGUGGCGGAGGUGCAUCGGGCGGUAUGUUUGGAGGCGCUUGCAAAGUGUGUGGAGAACUCGAGCGAGGCGACGAGGAGGUGGCUGUUGCGGUAUGGAAUCGAGGUGAGUGUGAGCUCUGAACGAUCGUGCUUGGAAGCUAACAACGCUGGCAGACGUACUGGCAACCGGAGGACUCGGCGGAGGCUCAUCGCCCAUUGCCGGCCAUCAUCCAUGCGAGCAAGCUGAACACGUUCACCCGCGCGCUGUUGGCGAUGGUAAACUCAGAGCCGACGUCGACUACCCUCUUGACCCCGGAAGGCAAGGUAUCGGCCGCUCAGCUCGCCAUGUACCACGUACAGCGCCGCGUCGUCGACGAGCUCGCUCGACUAUCGGAUACACUGGCGUCUGAGGCGCGCAGCAACGUUGUCCGCAUCGCGUUCGAGUUGCUCUGCAUUAGUGGCAGUCGGGAGCUGAUGCAGUGGGCGGCGGAGCUUGUGGGGGCAUGGCACGCGAAUGCAGAGCUGCGUGUAUCGGUCGAGACAACGAUGAAGGAUGUGGU